GAUGCAGGUGCGGUGGAAGAGCAAGGAUCUCAAAGCUCCGGUGGGAUUCUAACAGCAAGGUGAGAGAUACAGACCCCGGCUUAGCCCACCUCCCUUCCCAACAGUGCGCUGAAAUCCCUGCUAGUAACACAGCUGUUACAUUGUCCUGCUUGGGAAUCGCCUUCCCUUCGCUUCAAGGCAGGUUGCUCUCUCUGUGUGUCCAUCUGCAUUAGAGACCCAGAAUGAGGAGAGGGGUUAUCAUGGCUCAGAUCAGCUAAUAGUUCUAAGAGGAUGGAAGCCUCAGAGUUACACAGGACUCUUCCCCGGCAGCCCUGGAGUUCUGUGUAGUUAAGAAGCUUGUAACCUGCUUGGUUGGUCCUAAGUAAAAGAGAAUCUCGCUAAUGUCAUGCUGCUCUUUUGGGUUCCCACUCUGGAUGAUUCGCCCAGUGUUGUGUCACUUUGGACAACUUUGGCCUGGGUGUGAGCUUGUGGCCUUUCCUUGAGGGGCAGCGGAAUGGCUGUUUUGUAGCACCUGAUGUGCAUUGCAGAUGCUUAACUUUUAAGCCCUCUGGUUGGUGUGUUAGUGAAUUCCUUUAGAUCCUCUUGGAUGAAGACUGGGUUUUCUCUGGUACAUAACAGCACAGACUGGCGAUGAUGUGUUUGGAUUCUUUGGUAAUAAGUUAGUGAAGAGAACACACAUCCUUAACUCGUUUCUGUGCAGUUCUGUUAUUGCACUGAGGUGCAUGGGAAGCAAUUUUUAUUGGCAUAAUCCUCCUCUCCCCCAGAGAUGUGGAGUCUGUGCAGGUGGGAACUUCCCUUGCUAGUACAUACAUGUGCAUAUAGUCAAUACAAAACACUGCAUGUCACUUCAUAUGAAUUCUCAUGUUUUUCAGUGUGUGUGAUUCCCGUUACACCUAGUAAGCAUGUACGGUUCAGCGUCCUUUCUGUAGAUUUCUCUGGCUUUCUGUAGAGCCAGGCACAAACACAAAACUGAUUUCAAACAGCUGCCUUCAGUUAAAUCUUUUCAACUAUAACAUUACCUACGGAGCCGUGUGGGUUCAUGCCUUUAUACAACACUACAUCCAUCUUCCUAUUUAUUUAUUUAUUGACGCCUAAUAGAUACAAAACCCUUUAAAUGCAUUUUGUAUGUGUGUUGCAAAACAGCCAGAACUGCUAAUUUAGAUGAGCCGUAUGCAGCACCAGUAUAGUGUGUGUGUGUGUGUGUGUGUGUGUGUGUGUGUGUGAGAGAGAGAGAGAGAGAGAGAGAGAGAGAGAGAGAGAAUUGCUGGAUGUAAAUUCAUUCUGCACCUUUCUCUGGGCACUGCACUGCCUGGCAGGCAGGAUGUCUGUGAUUUAAAAACAGUGUUCUAUGUUAGGAGAGUGAUUCCAGCCCGUAGUUUGGUACUGUCCCUUUAGCACACUUCCAACAUAGCACUAGUAUGUUUCACUGGUUUUGUUCUGUUUAAAUACAGCAUGCAGCAUUAGGGUAGCUUUGACACCUUUAUCAAGGUGUUGCACUGGUAUGUAAUGCAUGUGCCUGUGAUGUUCUACAGCACUGUGUGUGUGUGUGUGUGAGAGAGAGAGAGAGAGAGAGAGAGAGAGAGAGAGAGAGAGAGCAAGAGCUCCUCUUCAAUCCUUUUAACAUCAAUCUGUCUAGAUUAUCCAAUGGUGUGUGUCUGUGUUUGUGAUUGCUAUUAGCUCCUGUAUCUCUAGCUUGUGUGUGUAAUUUCACAGGGUGGUGUCAAUUGAAUUAUGUUUACGCUUACCUCCCACCCCUCUUCAUGUUAGUGCACAUAAGGGUACCUGAUUUAUGGGAGGCUCCUUUAACGCCUCGGUGCUUAGAUUACAUGGUGCAUAAAGAUGAGGAUGGGAUGUGUGUGUGUGUGUGUGUGUGUGUGUGUGUGUGUAGUCUUAUAUCUGCAUCUUAUUUAACUGUAUGUUUGUUUGUGUGUGUGUGGCAGGAGUAGAUUUAAUGUUUGCAUAUUUCCUAUUAAUUCUUGGCAGAUUGCCCUCUUUGAGAGAGUAUGUACUGUGGUCGCGCAAGUGAAUUCCUUUCAACAUUGAAGUCUAUGUGAAUUCUAUACCCUCGGUGUGCAUGUUUGAGCGUGUGAAUUCUCAAUGCUAGCGCACAAAUACAAAAUUCUCGGAACGAGCCCUUUGUGUGUGCAGACUGUGAUAUUAUAAUUGUAACAGCAAUUCUGAGGUUUCAGCUUGCGUCCAGGAGCUAUUCCCAACCCCUCCUCCUCCCCCUCUGUGUUUUUCUGCUGGAUGUGUGAGUCUACUUGAAAGAGAGAUGGGUUUCAAGCAAAAAGAGCAAGAUUUUGCAUAUAAUACAGUGUAUAUUUCUGUCUCACUGCGCGCCCCUGAAAACAAACAAACCCGCAAAUGUUUAAUCCCAGAUGGUGACAUUGCUGUAAGAUUAUAUUCCCCGCCACAGAUGAAUAUGGUACAGUAUUUGCUGGAGGGAAGAGAUGUGGUUGCUGCGGAGCUGGGAGAAAGGAAGAGGUAUUUGGGGUGGGUUCUGGCACUGAGCUAAUGGGUGAGAUUUAAUCUAGCAUAUGGGUGCAUGAGAUACAGAGGGGUCAAGCAGAAUGGGUGCUGCAUUUGUGCUAGGUUUGUUACAUUUGUGGGGUGCGCGCACACACGAUCAACUAUACAAUGACAACAGCAUGGUGUGGGGCAGAAUGUGGGGGGACCAGUGUGGUGGUGGCAGAGGAGAAGGAAUCGUUUUAUGAGUUGCACUAGUGGUUAUGGGGAGGGAAAACACUUUUAUGCUUAUUGUAUGGGAGGCAGUGUGGUAUAGUGGCUAGUGUGUUGGGAGGACACCCUGCACCCUCAAUCCCUCCUCAUCCAUGAAGCUAACUGGCUGGCUCUGGGCCUCUCAUGCUCUCUCAGACUCACUUUCCUCACAGGGUUGUUGUGAGGAUGAACUGGAGUGGAUGGGACUGUUAGUGCCAUCCUGAACUCCUUGCGGGAAGAGUGAGAUUAAACUGUAACAAAGAUGGUUUCCUUUGGCCUAUUUAUUUGGCCUAUGAACACGGGUGGCCCUUUUAACAUGGAAAGUCUGUGUUAGGUGGAAAGUGCACCCGUGUGUGUGUGUGUGUGUGUGUGUGUGCGCACAUGGGUGCAUGCGCAAAAAUCUCCUGGGAAAUGUUGCUAGUUUUGUUUGAACUUUUUGGGUUUUUCUUGAAAUUAUGCAGAGGCUUUGCCUGAGAAGGAGCCUACAAGUUCAUUUUGGAUUUCACUUUCGGUGGCAUUUCAGCAGCAGUCCCCAAUAAAAUGUUUAAUUCAUCACAAUCCGAUCCACAGUGACCAGGGCAAAAUACAUGGGCUUAUCCCAUUUUACCCUAAUAAUAUCCCAGUGUUAGUCUUGCAACAGCUUUCUUAGGCCAAUUGAUAGCCAAAAUCAUCCACUCGGUUUCAUAACAGAACAGAGAUUUGAACCUGCAUCUCCCUAGUCAGAACACCACACUGCAGUCAGUGGCUUAACAAGGCCAUAGAAUUUGGUUCUUAUGGGCAAAUGGAGCACUGCUCCACAACUGGCCUCCAAACAGCCCUUGCCUGCCUGCCUGCCUGCCUGCCUGCCUGCCUGCCUGCCUGCCUUCUUACUUACAGCAUUGGCUGUCAGCUUCCUCUUGCUCCUGAAUCUCCACGUAGAACUCAGCAGAGAGGAGAAGGAUGGGAACAAAACUAGAAUGAGUUGGUUCUGCAGGUCAUUGGCUCUCUGGUGCCACCUACUGACUAGGCUCCCUACAUUCACCCAACCAGCCCCAACGGACACCAGCCACUGCAGUUAACGGGAAGCUUUUCCUGUCAUGGAGCAGCAUGGCAGCAAAAGCUCCACCAGCUAAAUUUCUAUGGAGCAGGCUGCUGUUAAAGGCUGUUAAAGGCUCAGGAGCUGUUAAAGGCUCAGGAGCAAGACUGGGGGAAAGGGUGGUCACCCUAACUUACGGGAAAGGGGUCAAAUGUCAACACUCGUAGGAUCAUAGGAAGCUUCCUUAGACCAGACCAGAUGACCAAUAUUGCCUACUCUGACGAACAGUGGCUCUCCAGGGUCUCAGGGUUCUCAUGACCUGCUACAGCAGAUAAUGGAAGCUGGUCCAUUAGGGCAAACGGGGCAUUGCCCUCAGGCAUCUCCCACCAGCUCCCUGCCUUCCUGCUUGCAGCCAGUUCAGGGCAUGGCACUGCCUAUUAGCAUCUUCUUCCUUGGUCUUGUUGCCCUUGUAGAACUCAGAAGGGAAGGGAGCAAAACUAGAGUGAGUUGGUUCUGCCAGUCAUCGGUGCUCUGGCUCCACCUACUGUUUGUCCUCCUUCCUUCCACCCUGCCAGUCCCACUGGGCACCAGAUACUACUGAAUGGUUGAGAUCAAACCUAGGACCUUCUGUAUGAAAAGCAUGUGCAUCUCAAACUCACAGCCUUGGAUUAUAGGCACUUCACUGCAAACCCAACUGAGGUGAUGGGUUUAUAGAUAGCUAUGGGCUUCAUUAACUCUUAACAACUGGCCAGCAUUGGUUCUUGAUCUGUAGGUGCUACUCAGCGAGUUUGUACUCAGGCUAGGAGCACAUACUCAAGGCAACAUAGCACAGAUUUGUUGCUCCUUAAGUAUCUUCAACCACCCUUUGGGACUCACGAGUUGAGUUUAUAAAUGGGGGGUGAAAAGGGUAGAUGUCUCAUACUCUCUCAUAACAUGUUUAUUGAGCAACUGGAGUUUGUGAUUGCUAUUAAAAAUGGACAAUGGUUAUUCCAGAUGAGUUGUUUUGAGCAUGGAAAUAGAGUACAGAGAACUUUAGGACUUGUGACAGCGAGCACUUACAGAUCAGUAUAUAAUAGGUCUUGGAAAGUUGCAUUAGACAUAUUGUAUGAUGAACCAUGCAGGCCAGCUCUUUGAAUACAAGUUCAAUGGAGAGAUUUCCACUCACCCCUUUCUUGGUGUGGAUCUCCUCUCCUGCCAAGUUAUUGUCUUUUGCUCAUGCACCUCUCACAAUCCUGUCUGUUUUCCUUGUACAACUAUAUUGCCCUUAAUUUUUUAAUUGGCCCUAUCCUGCAGAUUGAUACUGUGUACGCAUUACGACUUAACUCUGGCUCCAGUGCGCUCCCACUGCUGGUGUUUGAAGCGAUGUACACAUAACAUUAGCCACAAUCUCUAUCUAUCUUGAGAAAUACAGCUGUUGGAGGCAUUUCCUCACAAACCAGUUCCCAUAUGAUUUGAAGAUGAAAGCCAUGGUGAAGCUGAGGUGUGUACACUAGAAACAGUCAUUGCACAUGUGCAGAUGACAGGCCAUGGCCAGAUGACAGCUUCAUUGAACAGGAGUUUGGGGGGGCGCAUUGCAGGCACAGGCAAACAUAAAGUGCAUCGGGUAAAGACAUUCCCGCCCUCAGGCGAGUACAGCAACAUGCAAGUGCGACUUGAAAUGCAAUGGGGAGGGGAAGUGACAUUGCUGCAUUUUAAGCUGCUAUUGUGUGCAUCACUUCAAUGUGGGAAACAACAUACCACUUACAGUAAACUAUGCACAAACUACAUGAAAAACUUAUGCCAUCAAGCUGAGCCACAGAGCAACCCAUCCACCAAUACCUAUCAGCGCAUCCAUCAUGGCAAUAAAUAUCUGUCUGCCAAUCAUCCUUCCUCUUCUUCUCUUGUAAAGGUCUGUCCCCCCGUCUGUCCAUCCUACAAUCUCACCAUCUAGAGUUGGAAAAUGUAUUUGUAGGCUAUCUGGUCCAAGCCCCCUGGAUGAUGCAGGAAAUUGAGAGGCAGAGCACCUCCAUAUUUACUAUUAUUGUUAUUUAGUAUAUAUCACAGCAUAUCUCCAAAUAACUCAAGGGGGUGUACACACUUCUGCCUCUCUCUCCACAUCAUCCUCACAACAACCCUGUGAGGUAGGUUAGCUUGAGAGAUAGCGGCCAGCCCAAGGUCACCCAAUGAGCUUCACGGCCGAGUGGGGAUUUGAACCCUGGUCUCCCAGGUCCUAGUUCAGUACUCUACCCACUACACUACAGUGGCUGCCCAGCCUCUGCCUAACGACUUCCAGUGAGUGACAGCCUCACCCAGGUCUUUAAACCUCUCUCUGCUCAUGUGAUCUUCUGUUUGUUUGGGGAGCCACAGCUCAGUGGCAAAGCACCAGCUCUGAAUGCAGAAGGCCCCAGAUUCAAUCCCUGGUAUCUCCAGGGUUGGCUAGGAAAAGAGACCUUGCAUGGAACCAUGGAGAGCCGCUACUAGUCAAUGUAGACAAUACAGUGGUACCUCGGGUUACAUACGCUUCAGGUUACUUACGCUUCAGGUUACAGACUCUGCUAACCCAGAAAUAGUGCUUCAGGUUAAGAACUUUGCUUCAGGAUGAGAACAGAAAUCGUGCUCCGGCAGCGCAGCAACAGCAGGAGGCCCCAUUAGCUAAAGUGGUGCUUCAGGUUAAGAACAGUUUCAGGUUAAGAACAGACCUCCGGAGCGAAUUAAGUACUUAACCCGAGGUACCACUGUACUGACCUAGAUGGAGUCGUGGUCGGACUCAGCAUUAAGGCAGCUGCUUCCCAUCCGUACCUUUGUCUUUGGCCCCAUCUGCACAGUACGUUGAAAGUGGUAUCGUGCCGCUUGAAACAGUCAUGGCUUCCUCCAAAUAAUUCUGGGAACUAUAGGGUGCCAAGCAUUGUUGGGAGACACCCCUAUUCCCCUUAACAAUCAGCCCCUCUGGGAACUGUAGCUCCGUGGGGGGAAAUAGGGCUUUCCUAAUGAACAACUCUCAGCAAGUUUAUCGGAUGUCAGUUCCCAGGAUUCUUUGGGGUGAGCAGGAGCCAUGACUGUUUAAAGUGGUAUGAUACUUCUUGAAACGGACAGUGCAGAUGGGGCCUUGGGCUGACCUUACAAACCUCCUCCUAUCCGUUCCCACAAACAUAUCAUCUACUCUCUCUCCCGCCUCACACACACACACACACACACACACACACACACACACACGCUCCUUCUCCCUUGAAUGUUGUGUAUGCAUAUACAGAUCUGGAACAGGAAGAGGAAUGUGUGUGAGUAGGGUGACCAUAUUGCGCCGCCUUCUGUAACCAAAAUAAAACAAUCACAGAUGGGAGGAAUCGAAUAAAGGUUCUCCUCGAGGGGGGGGGAGUGACACUUCACUGCUAAGGGGCUAUAAACAAUGCUGUGGGCAGGCAGCAGGGGGCGUUGUUACAUAGGGAGUAGGGCAGGGAGGUUGAUAUGUAGUGGGGUUAAAGAGGAAAGGGGGGAGAGGGUAUAUUUUUAUUUAUCUCCUUAACUAGGGGCGGUGUCAGAGGGCACCCCCCCAAGGAUUUGCCCCCCCCCAAGGAUUUGGGCCCUCUAACAAGGAACUGCCCCCAUUACUCCUCCCCCCCCCAAUUUGUGGACUCUUGUGGUUAACAUAUGCUGCUAUUUCUCUCUCUCAACUACCUAAAAAUAUACUUUGUGCCUUCUGCGCCCCCCACCCUUUUUCUGGUGCCACCCCUCCCCAUGACAGACUCUUUGCCAUUCAGACUGCCCCUAUCCCCACGGCCCUCCAUUCUAGGCCAGAUACUAUUUUCCUAUCCUUCACACACAUGCACAUACACACACACAGAGAGAGAGAGAGAGACAGAGAGUUUAGGUCUUUUUUUGGUCCCUCUCUUCAGCACAAAUGCAGUCGAGGGCAUAAAUAGAAACCCCUGGAGACACAAGCCAGGGAAAAAAAGUGCUUGAAAAUCCAUUGUGAGGGGGAUGAUGCUGGACUCUCUGAAAGCACAAACAUAUCUUGGAGAAAACCAUAGCUAUGCAACGGAAGGGAGCAAAGCCUUGAUGGCUUGGGGCGUCGGGGGUGGGGGGUGGAGAUGUGCAUUUGGGGCAGACUGGGGGGGAGGGACACCCUGGAUUCCAGAGGCCCAUGUAAUUGGAGGAGACUGGAGGUUGGGGCAGCAGCCAUGUACUUGAAGCGACUCACCCCUGCUCUACAUGUUUUCAACCCCCACCCCACUGCUCCAAGUGUAUUUCUCAUGUGACUCCCAUAUAUGGGUCUGGGACGAGAGGAUAGUUGUCAUCUUUGUGUUUCAUGACAUCAACUUCUGCAAGAGAUAAAUCAAUGGAAGAGAUGAGUCUUCCAUGGAGUGGGGGGUGGGUUGCAUGUGAAGGCUUGCCCCCCACAUCCUUCCACAGAAACCCAUCAAGAGAACUGGCCUGAAAUUAUGAGCACUGAGGGCUAGGAAAUUGAGGAAGGGAUGAGGGGAGCUCAGUGCUUCAGGUGAGAUCUCACUGCUUUCCAUUCCCAGAACAGACCGUUUCUGUAUCAGUGCUAAGCCCCAGAAUAUAUCAAGAAGAUUGUCUCUGAGCAUGUGCAGAGUUCCGUCCAGCUCUCUCUAUGUUUACUACAGCCCAAUCAGGCACAACUGGUGCAGGGCUUCCAGGUCAGACAGGAAAUCAUAGUGGUGGAGAGGUUCGAAAGCAUCAGCCAGUUCAACCCACUGCAAGUUUGAAUCCCAGAAACCAUUGGGUGGGGGGGGGGGGAGAAACCAGCCACAGGUGUGAUGGAUAAUUCAGGGUGUGGGAAGAAGAGUGAGACUGAGAAGGUACAUUGUUUCUGCUGUUUCCAAGUCUCUUUGUAAAACGUCUGCAUGAAGGACCAGAACCAGAGACUGGUGUUUGGGGAUAGGAAGGUAGAGCGUGGCUCAAGACUUUGUGGGGCAUGUGUGUAAGGGGUAAGGGGUCACAACACUGGACAUCUGCUAAGGCCCACUCCCUGCAGAGGUCCAACGGCUGACCUCUGGAGCCUCCUGGUCCCCUUGCGCUGUCUCCUCUAAGAGAGGAGGCUACACACGCAUUGGCUCAAAAGAGGAACAGCGGCGCAUCAACAAAAAGAGAGGAUGCCAGGUCUGCGUCAAAUUUCCAUACGCUGAUUUUCUGUCAAGAUGCAAAUUCAGGGAUGCAUCCAUUCAACUAAGUUCGGGUCAGAGCAGUAGAAAACGCACACACCUAAGUAAGUAGUGUGAAUUUGACGGGUCUACUCCUGAGUAGGACUAGCACUGGCUCUCGGCAUGGUCGGGAAAGGCUGCAACCUGGUGGCUUGCUCUGUCUGCUGUUCAGGUGCUCACCAGUGACAGGCACCUUCAAGGCCUCUCCUGCUUCUCCUUAAUCCAGACUUGGACAGAAUAGAGCCCUUUGAAGAGAGGGCUGUCCUCUGUAAACCAGGGCUCAUGGCCACCCUCUUCUCCUCUCAGCGCUUGUGCAGAUUGGCAAGAGAAGGAGAGGGCAAGAGGGAGGAGGUCCCAGUUCAUUGCACAGUGGUACCUCGGGUUAAGAACUUAAUUUGUUCCGGAGGUCCGUACUUAACCUGAAACUGUUCUUAACCUGAAGCACCACUUUAGCUAAUGGGGCCUCCCGCUGCCGCUGCAUGAUUUCUGUUCUCAUCCUGAAGCAAAGUUCUUAACCCGAGGUACUACUUCUGGGUUAGCGGAGUCUGUAACCUGAAGCGUCUGUAACCCGAGGUACCACUGUUUGUGCAUUGCGGUCCCUGCCUUCCCUCCCCCCCAAUAAUCUAUUGACAUGGAUGUAUAGUAACUUUGCUUAGCCUACCUGUUGCAAAUAUAAAAGGAGGGGGGGAGGAAUACAUACAUGACCUUGAGCUCCUGGGCAGAAAAGCAAGAUACAAAUAUAUGUCACACAGCACAAAGUUAAACUCCUGCCCGUUGUAGGUAUCCCUCCAAGUCCUGCCCCCACAACCCGAAGCAAGCACUAGAAUGAAUGAUUGGGGGGGUGAUGGUGGUGUACUGCUGUGGUUAUAAAGCUUUAGUAGUGGACUAGAGCAGGGCUUUCCAAACUUGGGCCUCUAGCUCUUUUUGGACUACAGUUCCCAUCAUCCCUGACCACUGGUCCUGUUAGCUAGGGAUGAUGGGAGUUGUAGUCCAAAAACAGCUGGAGACCAAAGUUUGGAAAGCCCCAGACUAGAGGCUUGCAGCCAAAGGUUUGUCUAGUCAUUUCAAAUCAACAUGUGAACAUUAGCCUUGUGAGUUACUUGGGGUAGCCAUCUUUCAAAGGGUAAAAACCAGCACACCCAAAAAGUUGUUUGAACCAAAACACCACAAUUUCCGAUUGACAAUGUGCAGCCUUUCAGAAAUUCUCCCUGGAUGUUAAUUCCGCCUUUGAAAUCCCAGGAAAAUCUGAACGGAAGGCAGCCCUACAAUUACUCCUCUUCCCUGUCCACACACACUCCCUUCUCUCUCCCUUCCCUCCACUUCUGCUGGUCAUUUCUUCUCUGGCAGCAUAUACACACUACAGGCACACCUCGUUUUAUUGUGCUUCGCAGAUAUUGCUUCUCACAAGGACGUGGGUGCAGGUGCCAGCAGGGGAAGGAAGUCCGCCACCAAUGCUCUUCUGUCCAGGGGAGUGGAGCUGGCUAGGGCUGGGUCUGGGUUUCCUCCCUUCCCUCCCCAGCUGCCAAGGCUUAAUAGACCACAGUAUAGUGUAAACAUAACUUUUAUAUGCACUGGGAAACCCCCCAAAAUAUGAUGUGACUCGAUUUAUUGCGAUAUUCACUUUAUUGAAACCAUCUGGAACCAAACCCAUAACAUUGCCAAGGCAUGCCAAUAUAUAUUUAAAGUAUAUUGAAAGCACAUGACUUCCCCCCAAGAAUCCCGGGACAUGUAGUUUACCCCAACAGAGUCACAAUUCCCAGCACCCUUAACAAACUACAGUUCCCAUGAUUCUUUGGGGGAAGUCAUGUGUGCUUUAAGUCUAUGGUGUGUACUUUAAGUCUAUGGUGUGUACUCCAACAACAUCUGAAGGGUCACAGGUUCCCCACCACUGAGCUAGACCCUUCUGACUUCCUUGGAGGAAAGCGAAAACCAUUAUGCCUCCCUCAGCCCCAUGUGGCAGCCAGAUCCCUUAAUGUGUUACAAUAUAAAUUCUUUACCCUUUUUUUUUUUUUGCGGGGUUAAGCCCUUACCUGGAGGCAAGCCCCAUUGAACACAGCAGGACUUAUUUAUGAGUAAACAUGCUCAUAAUUCACCAUUCCCAAUCUAUGGGAUCAUUUUUGGUGUACAGUGGUACCUCAGGUUAAGUAUUUAAUUCGUUCCAGAGGUCUGUUCUUAACCUGAAACUGUUCUCAACCUGAAGCACCACUUUAGCUAAUGGGGCCUCCUGCUGCUGUGCCGCCACUGCACGAUUUCUGUUCUUAUCCUGAAGCAAAGCUCUUAACCUGAAGCACUAUUUCUGGGUUAGCGGAGUCUGUAACCUGAAGCGUAUGUAACCUGAGGUACCACUGUAUUGGGAUCAGCUCUACCCAGAGCAUUUAAAGUCAGCAGUGUCUCUUAUCUCUGUAAUGAGCCUGGUCAUUAUGAGCUGCUGAUGAGUUCUCUGCUUUAGUGGUUGCAACAAGCAUGAACCAACUAUGAUUCUGCAAUAUUCAUUUUGAGGACUGUGAUGGUCUAUCUUGCAUCCUGCAUUUUGCUUUGUUAAAAAUCCCAACAAAAUUCUAAAGAAAUGGGCUUUUUUUGUACAUAGGUAGCCUCCUCAUGCCAAGCCAAGGCCUUCAGUCCAUCUAAGCUCGGUUUGGCCUACAGCAGAAUUCUACCACAGCUGCGCUGGCUGGCGCUGAAGGCCAGAACAUCUGGAGGGCAGCAGGUUGGGGAAGGCUCGUCCACAUCAAUUGGUAGUGUCUCUCCAGCAUAUGAGGCAAGGGUCUUUCCCCCAUGAGACGCUGGGGAUUGAACCCGGGACCUUAACUCGGGACCAGAACUCAGUGGCAGAACAUCUACUUUGCAUGCAAAAGGUCUCAGAUUCAAUCCGCAGCAUCUCUAGCUAGGGCUUGGAACAUGGUCAGAAGGACCAAGAAAUUGGGAUAAGGCAGCUUCCACUGUUCCUAAGAUCCAUAUGCUCUACCACUGAGCUACAGCUUUUCCUCCACGUACCUGAAGGAGCGUCUCUACCCCCAUCGUUCAGCCCGGACACUGAGAUCCAGCACCGAGGGCCUUCUGGCGGUUCCCUCAUUGCGAGAAGUCAGGUUACAGGGAACCAGGCAGAGGACCUUCUCGGUAGUGGCGCCCACCCUGUGGAACACCCUCCCUUCAGAUGUGAAGGAAAUAAGCAGCUAUCCUAUCUUUAAAAGACAUCUGAAGGCAGCCCUGUUCAGGGAAGUUUUUAAUAUUUAAUGCUGUACUGUUUUUAACACUUGAUUGGGAGCCACCCAGAGUGGCUGGGGAAACUCAGCCAGAUGGGCGGGGUAUAAAUAAAUAAAUAAUAAUAAUAAUAAUAAUAAUUAGUAUGUAUAUUCCUAAACUGGGGAUCAGGAAUGCUUGAUUGUUCUGGGGAAGGUGGCAGGAAGGCCCAGAGCAAGGAAGGCAGGAAAACCACCUGACCCUUUAAAAGAAAACUUGGUGAGAUCAUGACCAUGAAGUGGGUUGACUGGGCAAGUGCUUGGAGCCCCCACCCUGGGAGGGUCCAGCUCUGUCACCUGCCCUGAGUUCCUCUUGAAAAAACAAAGUCUGGCACUUCAGGAAAUUCUAGGAAAUUAAAAGGGCAGCUCUCAGACCCAGAUGCCCAGUGGUGAUGGCAGCACUGCUGCAGCCACUACCUGAGGAAGGAGGCCCAGAAAUGUUAGAAUCAUAGAAUCAUAGAAUCAUAGAGUUGGAAGAGACCACAAGGGCCAUCGAGUCCAACCCCCUGCCAAGCAGGAAACACCAUCAGAGCACUCCUGACAUAUGGUUGUCAAGCCUCUGCUUAAAGACCUCCAAAGAAGGAGACUCCACCACACUCCUUGGCAGCAAAUUCCACUGUCGAACAGCUCUUACUGUCAGGAAGUUCUUCCUAAUGUUUAGGUGGAAUCUUCUUUCUUGUAGUUUGGAUCCAUUGCUCCGUGUCCGCUUCUCUGGAGCAGCAGAAAACAACCUUUCUCCCUCCUCUAUGUGACAUCCUUUUAUAUAUUUGAACAUGGCUAUCAUAUCACCCCUUAACCUCCUCUUCUCCAGGCUAAACAUGCCCAGCUCCCUUAGCCGUUGGGAGCUAAUGUUGGACAGGUCUUGCCAGAAGGCACUUUACUGAGGGCUCCUUAGACACGGUAGACACCAGGGUGUCUGGCUUCUUCACAUUAGCUCUGGGAUAGCUCAGUUGGUAGAGCAUGAGACUCUUAAUCUCAGGGUUGUUGGUUUGAGUUUCACCUUGGGCAAAACAUUCCUGCAUUGCAGGAGGUUGGACUAGAUGACCUGUUCGGUCCCUUCCACCUCUAUGAUUCUAUGGCUCUUGGAAGAAGCAAAUCUACACUGGUUGGAAUGAAAAUCCAUGAACUGUGAGCUAGAGAAUUAUGCUGGAAUGGAGAGAACUAUAAAUCUUGCUUGCGUCAUGUCAGAAGGCCUAAUGGGCUAGCUAGGGUAUGGGUGGUGGAGAUUUCAUAACCCAGAUUUUUGCAGGGGGGAGAGUAAGGAGAAUAUAUAGGGAUGCGGGUGGCGCUGGGGUCUAAACCACUGAGCCUCUUGGGCUUGCCGAUCAGAAGGUCGGCGGUUCGAAUCCCCGCGACAGGGUGAGCUCCCGUUGCUCGGCCCCAGCUCCUGCCAACCUAGCAGUUCGAAAGCACACCAAAAAGUGCAAGUAGAUAAAUAGGUACCACUCCGGUGGGAAGGUAAACAGCGUUUCCGUGCACUGCUCUGGUUUCGGUGUUCCGUUGAGCCAGAAGCGGCUUAGUCAUGCUGGCCACAUGACCCGGAAAAACUGUCUGCGGACAAACACCGGCUCCCUCGGCCUGUAAAGCGAGAUGAGCGCCGCACCCCAGAGUCAUCUGUGACUGGACUUAACUGUCAGGGGGCCUUUAACUUUACCUUUAAGGAGAAUAUGUAGGUGGAAGUAAGCAUUUCUGGUAGAAGAGUUUUCAAACUAUUUCCAGGAAAUCUGGAGCUCCUUAGAAACUUACUGUGGGUUCUUUAUUGAGACCAAUAAUGGUGGACCAGCUGCCUGAAGGAUAUAUUGUGGACAUAUUCUAGGGCACCAGAAAUAGUGUUAUUCAGGGUCAUUGUGGGAGUAGUCUUGGACACCCUCUCAGUCCUUGUAAUAGGUAAGCCCAGCAGACCUGGAUGACACCCUACACAAACAGAAUACUGCCCCAGAAUCUUCUGCAGUGUUCUGGGAUUUGAGGGCAGUCAUGAAGGGGUUCCUCACCAGAGUACAAAAGCUAGGGGAGGGUCAUUAGAAGGCCUCUCAGGGUUGUCAUGUAGAGUAGAAGUUUAAAAUUCGGCAGGUGCCUGCUGAAAUCUUUUCUAUUUCAUUGACGCUAUCCAGUCACCUGAUUUGGUUCUUAAAUUUGUUUUAGAUGUUUUGUUCUGUUAUUUUUAUAAGCUUCCAACUGUCUUUAAAUGCCUUUGAUAUGUUUUUAUUUUGUUUUUAACUGUAAUUUUUUAAAUCACAGAAAUAUUUGUUUCCCUGAGUCAUCCUUUGGGAGAAUGGAUGGGAUAUGGAUUUAUUUUUAUGUUUUAAAAAUAUACUGGGUCAGAGCAAAAGCAGAGAAGUACUUUUGUCCUGUGGGCUGGAUUAAAAAGGUGUCCAACCCUCCAUGGGUUCACUUUUGAUAGGCAGGCAAGUAGAACCAAUCCCCACCCCCCAAAGCAGCAGGGCUUGCAUCUUGCACCGAAAGCAAGCCCCAAUGCCGUUGUGCCCUGCAGGUGGCUCCUUGGCAGCUGCGGCUUUGCCUAUCCUGCACCUGAGGCUAUAUGGUAAAAGGUAGGUGGCCAGAUAACAUCAUAUGAGUGACAGAUGGGCGUGGCUGGCCAAAAACGGCUUCUGCAGGCCAGAUUGGCAGGCCUAGUUUAGCCCGCAGGCUGGAGGUUCCUCACUCCAGAAUUAGAAGGUGAAGGGUCUUGUAGCCAAAACCCCUUGGAUUCUUUGAGAGGUUUCAGUGAGUUAGGGUGGUGCUUGGAGCCAGCUGCCAUGUUCUCUUGGUGAAAAUAAAGAUAUUGUGGUUAAAGAGGAAGAAUAUGGGAGCCAGUUACUAUUGGGGCCUCUGAGAACCCAUUGGUUUGACUAGGAAAAGCUCAAAUUUAAUGUGAGUAUAGCUUUUGGGCGGGGUCUCUGUGUGUGAUUUGUGUGAAUAUCUGGUUUCUCUGGCUGAUUGUUAUCAAUUCCUUCUCCAGGUCCUUGCGCUGCCUUUGGCCAGUGGCUCCCCCUGUCACCUAGGAUGAGUAACUGCAGCAGCCGCGCCCUGACCCUGCUGUCUAGUGUUUUUGGAGCGUGUGGACUGCUCCUGGUGGGCAUCGCCGUCAGCACUGACUACUGGCUGUUCAUGGAGGAAGGGAUUGUGUUUCCGCAGAACCAGACCACCGAGAUAGUCAUGGCAUUGCACGCUGGGCUCUGGAGGGUCUGUUUCUUUGCCGGUAAGAGCCUUGAAAAGUCAAGUUUCCCCUCUCAAAAUUGCCUCGUGUCACACCUGGAGACUCCAGUUACAGAUGAUGAUGUCACUAGGCCAGAUCUAAACUGCUUCGUUAGGCUUGCAGGGCUUCCUCUGCUUCCAUAAUUUGUGUUUUCAUCUAAUUGAGGAAAGUGAUCAGGAGAGGGGAGUGAGUUGUAAGGCCAUGCAUUGGGGCUUUAAAAACAACAACAACACAUAUCUGGGUUUUGCUCUGUUUGCCUGCAAGUCUACAUGUACUUGCAGCUGAACUCUUGCAAAGCUUAGGUUGCUGGACACAAUCUGACUGCUGGUUGUUAACAGAAGAGCAAAACUCUUCUGAGGAGCUGUGGCGUGACACAGCAGCUCAGCUUUCAAAAAGGUGAUUUGAACAGCCAUCAUUCAGGAACCUCGUUCCUGAAACAAAUGUUUGAGAUCCAACUGCCCACUGAAUCUUAAUCUACCACUCAAGAUACAGUGGCAUCAAUACUGGCAGCGUGUACCUCAAAAUGUGGAAGAAUUCUGUAGGUUCAGAACUGCCUUCAGAGUGAGGGUUUAGCCUACUUCCUUGGCCUUCUUUUUCUAUAUUCCCCCCAUCCUACCUGUUCACCUCUGAAACUUCCUUCUGUGGUCACUUUCCCCAUGCAAGAGCAUACAUGUAUCUGCUGCCUGUAGGCCGUGUGUGAACUUCUCUAGCCCUCAUUUCCCCAUCCCUCAAAUCCCUAAUGCAAAUGUCCUGCCUCUUUUUCACACAGUGCUUCUUCAUAAAGCACGUGGUUAAACUUUGGAACUCACUCCCACAAAUGAAAUAAAUAAUAAUAAUACCACCUUGCUGCUGCCGCUUGCUCUAUCUGCCAUUGGGCAGAGUGGGGCAGCUGACUAAAGCUUCAGGUGCCUUGGUGGUAGCCACAAUGGCAAGUUUUGUGUGCCAGCCACACGUUCCCUAAGCUAGUCAGCUGCCCUCUUGUGUGGUAGAAGAUAACUUUCCCAACUUGAAGCAAGAGUCAACAGCUCAGGAGGUUUCUAUGGAUGGAAUAUUGGGGAGGGGAGCAGAUCUUGACCACCUCAGGCAGCAAAAUGUCCUGGGGCGGCCUUGCUUCCUAGCCCGCUUUGCUACCCACUCAAAUAAAACCUGCACUGUGGCAGCACUGGCAUGCAUCAAGUCAGCAGAGCAACAUGCUCUGCCCCCUGAAAUAUGCGGCCUGAGUUGAGUUGUGUGCUGUCAGUGGCUCGUUGCCACAGUGGCUGUGUUCACUAUGCUUCUCAAUACCAGUUGCUGGAGGAAUCACAAGUGGGCUCUUGUUCUCAGGUCCUGUUUGUGGGUUUUCCUCAGGCAUCUGGAACAGCAUGUUGGACUAGAUGGGCCCUGUGCUCUGGUGCUCACUUGGUGCAAGGCUGCCUGUGGCCCAUUGGAAGAAGCUGAAUGGGUGAGAGGUGCAGGCAACCAGACCCUCCUCAAACCAGACUGGCAACAAGGAAACACCACUGCUGUUGGGGCUUCAGCUCCAGGGGAUAGGAAUGGCCAUAGGGGAUUGCCACUGCCUCCUGCUCCUCACAACAUCUACCAUCCGAGGCACCUGCCUCACUCUGCCUAAUAGUAGGGCUGGCCCUGCUGGUCCUCUCACUUGGCCAGACCUACCUCAGUGACAUAUAGUCCUUUCCACCCCUUGGACCUGUAUGAGGUUCCCACCUGAUCUAACCUUUGGCCCCUUCCCAGAAGCUUUUGACACCAUGAAUGUGAUGUGUUUUUUUCUUCUUCUGCAGGUCAGAAAAAGGGCAGCUGUGUUGCUUCCGAGUACUUCCUAGAGCCCAGGCCUGACCCUGACCCUGAAGGCCCCCUCGUAACGGAGAACACAGAAAACAUACUUAGUAAGUCGAUACGCUUCUGUUUGUUGGGCAUGGCGAAAAAUAAAGCUAAGAGGGGCUCUCUGAAGGCCGAACUCAGUCACAUCUACACAUCUAAAGCAUAUUUAUACCAUUGCAACACUUCCCCCAAAGAACCCCAAGAACUGUAGUUUCUACUACAGAGCUAUAAUUCCCAGCACCCUUAGCAAACUAUAGUUCCCAGGAUUCCUUCAGGGAAGCCAUCUGCUUUAAAUGUAUGGUGUGGCUAUGACCCUAGACGUGAUGUAACCCCACUUGUAGCAAUAGGAUGAACGGCUUACUUCAACUAAAUAACAGGCAUGAAGGCCCUGCUCCAGACCAGGGUCCCAGCUGGGGGGGAAAUGGUUAAAUUCCCAGGGCCGGCCCACCCAUGAACCAAGGUGGGGUGACCGCCUUGGGGAGAAGGGAGAGUGAAUGCCUACCCCUCGUCUUCGGCCUUUAUUUGUUUCUUCCCAUCCACCCACCACAUCUGCGACCCCCCCAUGCACAUUUCACAGAUUUACAGCGGUUCUCAACCUGUGGGUCCCCAGGUGUUGUUGGACUACAACUCCCAUCAUCCCUGACCACUGGUCAUGCUGGCUAGGCAUGAUGGGAGUUGUAGUCCAACAACAUCUGGGGACCCACAGGUUGGGAAACACUGGAUUAAAAUGAGCUGUUUGUUUGGCCACCUCCACCUCCACCCACACCCACACCCCCCCCUCCACAAUGGUGCAGGCUUGUAGGCACCCUUCACCUGACUUUAUCUUGUAUACAGGGGUUGCCAGCAUGGUGCCUGAGGGUGCUCACAGAGGCCUCCUCUGGUGGCAACAGAUUCCCCUCCCCUUGCUGAGAUUAGAUGGGCAUGAAGCAUUCAGUUAUAACCAACAGGAUAGAUUGUGGCAUGUUCUUUGUUGCUCUGUGUGUGUUGCCCACAAGAGUUUCUCGGACUUGCACAUGGGCCCAUGGACUCCAAAAGGUUGGUGCUCCCUGCUGUUCAGCUUGCCCUUGGCUGGCUUAAAAGCCAAGAGGGUGGUUGUCCUUUUGAACAAAACAAGCACACGUAAUGGCCUGGCCCAAUAUGUCAGCAGCAGUUCAGAAUACCCCUCGGCAGCCACAGUUUGCGCUCAUGUUCAGGCAUUUGCCUACAUGCACUGCAGAGAGGCUACGCAGCCACCCACCUGCUCAGAGAUUUAACUUCUAGCGACAUGGAGCAGGAUUUGAGCCCUUGAAGAAUGACAGGGCCAGCCACUCAUGCCAGCGAAAGGUUAACAAGCCGUUCAACUCCAACUCUCCAAAGCGUAUGGAUUUAUAUCCCACUGCUCUCUAAGAAAGGAUUAGGGCUCCUUGAGGAGCUCAGUCCCUGGGAAUUCCAAUACAAACUGAACUGAUCCACACUUGCCAGACUAAGGUGAGGAUCAGACUGUUGCUAUCCGCUGGAUUUCACCCUCAUCCAAAUGUUACGGGGGUACAGCUCUUGCCUAAAAAAUGUAUCUCAAUCCAUUUUGAAGUGCGUGGCUUUGACAAGAGAAUACAUCUAUGACUGCCUAUUUUGACAGAAAAUACAUUUAGAAAUGUGUAUUUGGGGGGCAAAGUCCAUUUAGGAAUGCUAUUUUGACGCAACGAAGCUGCUAGCAAUGCUUCCUGUUCUUACAGGGGAGCCCACUCACAGGGCAUGAGCACAGCAGCAGUUUUCCCUGCCUGCAAUUCGUGGCAACUGGUAUUCGGAGGCAAACUGCCCCAGACAGUGGAGGCAGAAUGUAGCCAUAAUGCCUAGAAGCCGUUGUUAGUAGUCUAUUUUUGUCUAAUCCUCUUUUAAAGCCAGCCACACUGAUGGCCAUCACUGCAUCUUGUGCAAGUGAAUCUAUUAUUAUUAUUAUUAUUAUUAUUAUUAUUAUUAUUAUUACCUGAACGCCAGUCUAAGGUGCAGGCUGGAUGUAUCUGUAGCUAUUGGGGCGCCCCCUGGUGGCCCGUUACAAUGACUAGUUUUUGAAAUGCUGUGGAAGGACACGUAACACAAGCAAUUCUCACACCCCAGUUCUACUCUUUCUUGACUUGCAGGUAAGACUUGCCAGUUUCAGCAGAACUGCCUUCCAAAGGGAGCAUUAGUUGCCCUCUCCUAUGGGACUACCUUCUGCAGGCUACCAUGGCUCUUCCCCACAAAAGCUGGCUGGCACUGCUGCAGCUUUCUUCCCUCAAACAUCCAACACGCUGUGGACGUUUACCAUAUUUUUUGCUCUAUAAGAUGCACCAGACCAUAAGACGCACCUAGUUUUUGGAGGAGGAAAACAAGAAAAAAAAUAUUCUGAAUCUCAGAAGCCAGAACAACAAGAGGGAUCGCUGCACAGUGAAAGCAGUGAUCCCUCUUGCUGUUCUGGCUUCUGGGAUAGCUGCACAGCCUGCAUUCGCUCCAUAAGACGCACACACAUUUCCCCUUACUUUUUAGGAAGGAAAAAGUGAGUCUUAUAGAGCAAAAAAUACAGUAACUUGGUUUUAAGAGCGAGGACCGAAGGGCACCUUUGUAGCAGAAAUCCACUUAUCUGUUAUUUAAAAACAACAAUUAAUUAAUUAGAUUUUUGACCUACCCUUUACCAUAAGAUCCCAGGCCUAGUUACAACAAGGAAAUAUCCCCGUGGUUCCCAAACUACCUGCCCUCAAGACCACUUGAAAAUUGCAGUCUUGGCAGCCCACCUCAUGGUUUUUCUACCUGCUGUGGCAAUUCUGAUGUGCUAGACGCUAUAUGAUUCUUUAAUUGUAUUUUUAUUGCGUCUUUUAUUUCUUACAUUGCAUUGUAUUAUAAUCUGAAGUCUGUGAUUUGAAUUCUGCACGAACCUGAAUAAAGCUGGUGGUCCAUGGACCACAGUUUGGGAAAUAUCCACUUAUUCAACAAGUAGUGCAGUUUGGACGUUGGUUACCUGCAGUUUGGACAACCAAGCCAGAGACAGCCAAACUUGCUCAAGUAUGGUGUAGUUCACCAUUCAUGCAACAAAACACAUAUACAGUGGUACCUCGGGUUAAGAACUUAAUUCGUUUCUGGAGGUCUGUUCUUAACUUGAAACUGUUCUUAACCUGAAGCACCACUUUAAGUAAUGGGGCCUCCUGCUGCCACUGUGCCGACGCUGCAUGAUUUCUGUUCUCAUCCUGAAGCAAAGUUCUUAACCCGAGGUACUAAUUUUGGGUUAGCGGAGUCUGUAACCUGAAACGUAUGUAACCUGAAGUGUAUGUAACCCGAGGUACCACUGUAUUUGCUAACUGCUUGGGACUGUCUGUGUGGCACCUGACAUUUCAGGUGGGCUUGACACAAUGCUUCUCCACCUAGGUCAAACUUUGCCAGUCUAGUGCCCGUCACAUGUUUUGGACUACAACUCCCAUAAGCCCUAGCCACCACAGCUUGGGGGCUGAUGGGAGUUGUAGUCCAAAACAUCUAAAGAGCACAGUGUUGAUGAAGACUGUCUUAAGUCUUUGAGGCAUAAAUGGCAGGUGGGGGGGGGCUAGAGGGAGCAGCACUCUCCCUGGUCAAGUAACCCUCCAUCCCACUGCCACUGCAGGAUCCUUAUGGCUACUUAAAGGAAAGGCACUUUCCCCAGACAGAAUAGCGCUUUUUCUUUAUUUCCAGCAGAGAGCGAGAGCGAGAGAGCAGUUCCCUGUGGGCUCACGUCUGUCCAAUGGUGACAGAACUGGGGUAGGGAAGAUUUUUAGCUCCCUCAAAAUCAAUAGGAGCUAAGCCAACCAGGUGAAUAAACCAGGCAGGGCUCCUGAGUGUUUAACAGUUGUGUAAAAGAGGAAAAUUCCACAGGUGGAUCUUGGCACACCAGUUCCACCUGCUGAAAUUCCCUUUUCUGUACAACUGUCACAUUCACAGUACUAGGGAUGGAGGAACCUGCCAACUCGGCUUCUCUCCACGUCUUGUUUCUCCAGUCUUCAGUUCUGUUCUCCAAAUUACUGCAUCAGUUUGCAAUGUAUGCUUUCAAAGUCUCCAUGAAAAUUUGUCUGCAUUUUAGUGCAAAUUUCUCCCUAUAGACACAUUCCUGUCUGCAAUUUUGCAUUAUUUAAAGUAGUUUCCCCCAAUAUAAUGCAUGUUAUAUGCUAAUAUAUACAUUUUAAUGCACAUUUCCCCCAAAUAUACACAUUUUUGUACACAUUAUUUGGCUGGAGAACCGCACCACAAAAUUCGGGAGAUGUGUGAAUUUUGAAGGAUUCUCAGUUCAUAUAUUUUUCUGGAAAGUGCAAAUUGGGGAGGUUCACAUUGAAAUCCUAAGCAAACCUUCUAUUUUGGCCACCCUGUACUGGGAACUUCAGAGAAAAGAUGGCUAUGAUGGGAGCAUUAGCAGAAAAUAUGCCAUUGUUUCUCUUUUAGAAAUUUCUCACGUGUGGCGCAGAGCUCUCUCUCUCUCUCUCUUGCACACACACAAACACACACACCCCCCAAAUUUGCCCCUUGUGUACCUGCCCCCAUUUUCAUUUUGGGGGUGGGUGGGUGGGUGGGUGUCACUACUGCUUUAAGCUGAGGAGAGGAGUGGAAGCUACCACCACAGCUCUGCCCUGAAAAUAUUAAGUGGGCCUUGACAACUGUGCUGUGUGCCUUGGCUAUGAAGAGCCAACAUAGGCAAUAAAGCUAGCAAACUGACUGCUAAGGCUAACAACCAGGGCCUUUGUGGUGGGAGCUGGAGAGGCCAGGUUACCUGAAAAGAAAACCCUACUUCUAACAAUAGCUUGGCUUCAAGGUUGCCAACAUUUCAGCCAGUCCCAGUGCUCUGAACAAGUGAACUGACGUGCAGCAGGCAUUAGCAGAGGAGCUACCAUUGAUCUCCAUGCUAUGAAAAGCCUCACCUGCUGUUGUCUUGCAAAAUCAAUCUACUUUCAAAAGGCACAAGAGCACAGCUUGCUUUUCUGGUCAGUUGACAACAAUUCUAUUCUGAUUAUGACAUAAUUUCUCAAGUUUCCCUCCCGGAGUACCAAAUUUAUUUCAUGCAGUUACUAAACACUUAAUCUUGAAAACAGAACUGAGAUAAUUGUGUGUGUGUGUUUGAUUCAUAGAGAGAGAGAGAGAGAAUAUCAUUGCCCCCUGCUGGACAAAAGAAGGAAUAGUUAGGUUCUUAUAAUCUCAACUGGAAAAAUAUUUUGAAUUUCCAGAGCAGCAGCAAGAUUUCUGCAGCUCGUCAUUAAUGGUGAUGUCACACAAGCAAUAUUCCAUUUCCAGGCUGCAGCCAAAUUCACCAUCGCCAUACCUCAGUCUUCCCUUCUAUGCUUUAACACCUGGCAAUCUAAACUGCAUGGGAUGAUAUAAUCAUUGUGCGCUAAGUUUUAUUGCCGUUGCCAAGUGAAAGAUAAUGAGGUGGAACGGGGACAGCAUCAGGCUUUAUAUUUAUUUGAACAAUUUAUUUCCUAAGGUGGCAUGCAAGAAACAUUAAGCUAUGUUUUAAAGAAACCACAGCAAACAGCAGCAACUUAAACAAAGCGUUCAGGAUCCUUCCCAGUUUGUGGUAAAAUGGUGGCAACAGAGAGUUCCACUGGAGGAGGUCCAUGGAGGCUGGUCCAUAAGGGUGAACAGGCACUGCCCCACCAACCUCAGUUUGCCCUCAGCCAGGCCCUAUCCUACCUACCUGCCUUUUUACAGACAACCCGUCCAGCGGGCAGCUCUGUCUGUCAUUCGCUCUGGCACCACCUACUGUUGGACUCCCUGCCUCCCACCCUACCAGUAGCAAUGGGUUCCAGUCACCACUGGAAGCUCUGAGAUGGUCUUUGCCGGAGUCCCUCUCUUUUCUUCCUACUGGGCAGUUGAUGACUGAUGACCCAGUGAAUAGGCAGCUGGAGCAAACUCUGGAGUGAUCUUCACCUUACCCCUUCUCUCUCUUCUGGAAUCAUAUAGCAUGUUUCCUCUUCCUAGAUCAGAAAUAGGCAAUAUGGUGCCUUCCAAAUGCUGUGGGCUCUUAAUUUUGAUCAGCUCUGGCCAGCAUAGCUCAUAACCGGGGAUUAUGGGAAUUUUAGUCCAAAACAUCUGGAGAACAUAACAUUGGCUACCCUAGCCCCUAGGAGGGCUAUUUUUUAGUUGCAUCUGCCUUAAUGCUAACUGGGUGAACACAGAUUAGUUAAAGGUGGGAAGGAGAUUGCAGAAUGCAUCAUACUACUUCAGCUGCAUGGGGGAUCACACUUUUCAAUGCUCUCCUGCUUUUUAUUAUUAGUUAAAAACCUCUCUGUGAGUAGAAAAAAAGCAGAGUGGAUAAGUCUGGAAUUUUUCUAGCAUAUGUAUAUGUCAGGGAGGGACUGGGCAGAUGAAGAGGAAUGGUGGAGACAGCCUGCACAGGAGCCUUCCAGAGAGGAGGAAGGGGCCGAUAGUAUAGAUCUAGAAGAGUGGUUCGACACAGGUCACAACCCAGAAGAAGAAGGAAGAAGUUGGGAAUUAAUGAAAGAUGAGGAGCAGGAACCAGGUAGCACAGAACACGCAGAGCCUGAGUAGUGGCUGGCUGACACACGCUGUUGCUGGAGAGUACCCCAGAACUCGUUCCAUCCCCCCAAACCAGGCGUUCAUUGAGAAUGGCAGAGAAGAGGGCUCAGAGGUGGGUGGCACUUAACAGCUGCCGUAGGAGGGAGGAGGAGUCUGAUGAAUAGGGAAGUACAGAGAAGGGGAGGUGGAGCUUCACUCGAGGCAACGCCGGAUAAUGAACGGUGUGGAUGGAAUUUUGUCCUGGUAAUUCUAAUAAUAAAAAAGAACUGGAAAGUUCGCUUUUUCUCUGUCUCUCUGCUUUACUGGGCAAGCAGCCAGUAGCCACCAGCAGCACCCUGACAGUAUAUAGUUUUCUACUUGCAGGGAGUAUUUACAUGGAGAACUAUCUCCUCCCCACAGUCCACUCUACCACCUUUGGCAUUCAACACCCUGCCACGAUCCAUUCUUUUGGAGAUGUAGAGGGCACCUAGAAAAAGGUGGAAGAAUCACUGAAUUGUAGACUUGGAAGGGGCCAUGACAGUCAUCUAGUCCAACCUCCCAGGAAAUGCAGGAAUCUUUUACCCAACAUGGGGCCCAAACCCACAAUGCUGGUAUUAAGAGUUUCCUGCUCUACAACUGAGCUGUGAGGAAGGGUGUUGCAUUUUCAAUUCUCCCCUAGCAGAAGAAAUCUUCCAACAUGCACAAACCAACACAGCGGGGAGCAGGCUAGGCCAGAACCUCCCUAAUUAUAGUUGUGGUUGUUUCUUUAACUUACAGGGAGGGCUUUACAAAUGAAGAAACCGAGGGAGUAUUCAAAAAUGUGAUGCAUUCAGCUGAAGUCUGAAAUGCUACUGCACAUUUACCACCUCAGAAUUCAACCUCCUCAGAUAUGCGGCAUGUGAAGACUAGGCCUCAGUUCCAGCCAAGAGAGGUGUCUUAUUGUUUAGUAGUGAACCUUGUAGUUCCAGAAAUGGCUAGUAGUAAGCUGCUGUUCCACAGUGUGGAGGGCAAUCAACUCUGCACAUAUUCAGUGGCACUCUUAAUUUUUUAAAUAACUUGACAUUGUCCAAAAAGGGUGGAGCCCUUAGCUGGAGUUCUGAGCCAUCAAGGUUAGAUGCUUUGGUGUUCAGGGUUGCCAAAUACAAAUGGGCUUCAUGCCCUUUUAACAGAAGCAGGAAUCACCUUAUCAGGAAUCGCAGUUGACACGCAGUUUAAAGAGACUUUUAGAAAGGCAACUUUUGGGUAAUUGAAUCUCAUGCUCUGGAAAAUUCAAUUUUUGUGUGUGAAAAAGUAUACUUCAUGUUGUAUACCAAAGUCAAAUUUGUGGGUUUGGGAAGAGGGCCUGACAAAUAGGAUAGACUAAGGUCGACCUAAGAUCAUACUCAAAAAUGAAAAGAACACUUUGGAUCAGUUCCAGAAUGUAUUGGUGCAAGCAUUUAUCCGAUGGACUGUGUUGUUUUGUCGUGUGGACCAUCUGCAUGCAAAUAAGAAUUCACCUGUAUGUGGAAAUGUUCCAUGUGCUUGGGAAACAACUGAGAUACAAGGGAUUUAGUUUUAUCACCCAUGCACAUUUGUACAUCAUAUAGGUGUGUGUGUGUCUAAAGAUAAGGACUCUUGAAUAUAAGGGCAAAGAGAUGUUUUGAUAUGUGGUGGACAUGCAUCUAGUGUAGCACUUGUAAGCUUUGUUGUUGUUGUUGUUGUUGUUGUUGUUGUUGUUUAGUCAUUUAGUCAUGUCCGACUCUUCGUGACCCCAUGGACCAGAGCACGCCAGGCACUCCUGUCUUCCACUGCCUCCUGCAGUUUGGUCAAACUCAUGCUUCGAGAACACUAUCCAACCAUCUCGUCCUCUAUUGUCCCCUUCUCCUUGUGCCCUCCAUGUAUUCACUGGACCAUUAUUAUGGUGCAUGUAUUACGGUUUACAUACUUUCGUAUGUUUCAAUUCAGGUAUCUUCAACCUUUGCAGAUCCAGGACCCACUUUACUGAAUGUCAUAGCAGCUGCUUACCUCUGCCCCUGCCUCAUUUCUUUUAAUUCUGGGAGGCCACAUCUAUGGUCCUAUAGGAAAAGAUGGCAGCAGUAUGAAUUUUUUUGCUCUACCUACUGCUCUGAAAUUAAAUGUCCCUUUAAAGUCAAUUUUGGAUGUGCACACAUCAUACAUUUAAAGCACAAUGCCCCCCACAAAAUAAUAAUCAUAGGAAUGGUAGUUUACCCCUCACAGAACUCCAAUUUCCAGCACCCUUAACAAACUACAGUUGCCAUGCUUUAGUUGUACAGUGUGUCUGUAGCCUUUGUACAUGUUCAGGGGUACUGCACUGUUGCCUCAGGCAGCAAAAUGUCUUGAGCCAGCUCUGCCUCAAACAUUUCAGUCACACAUGUUAUCAUCAGCUCCCCUCCUUCUCCCGCUUCCAUUUAAUCAAAGCUCAAUCCUAAAAUUACUUUGGAAAUUUUACUACAUUUGUUUGCCACAUUCAGAUGUGAAUUAUUUUAUGCAUGGAGUAUUCAUCUGUGAUGUCUGUAAGACCAAAUUCUAGAAACAGGGCUAUGUUAGGAAUCUCAAUUUAAAUAUAUAGAGUUUGCAGGGAACCAGGCAUGAUUUUGCAUCCAACUCACUAAAACUUGAUGUGCGUACUGUGGGGUCAUUUCUAAAAGAAAGAGUGCCAGUUUAAGCCCAUCUAGAAGCCCCAGCCUUUUUAAUCCCAAGGGAAUGCAUGCUGCCUGUGGUUACUCAGGAAGUAGGGGGAAUAUAUCUGUGCGUGCUCAGGGGCUCUCCAAGGAAUACAACUGUGUCACAUGUCAGAAAUCUGAGCAUUCAAACCUGGUUCUAGGACUGCGCUUUGGUGAAGAGGAUCGACUCAAAUUUACCGGUAACUUGGAAAAUCUGACUCUUCUCUUUCUCUCUUUCUCUUGGCAGAGACCAUCCGCACAGCCACCCCUUUCCCUAUGGUCAGCCUCUUUCUCGUCUUCACAGCAUUUGUCAUUAGCAACAUCGGACAUAUCCGCCCCCAGAGGACCAUCCUGGCUUUCGUUUCAGGAAUCUUCUUCAUCCUCUCUGGUGAGGUGUGGGGGAACAUUCAUCAGAGGGCAAUUUUUUCCUGGAAUCUGUGUGCUAACCAUGACAUUUGGGAUAGCUAAAUAAAUCCUGUGUGGUAGUCUUCAGAGUGGAGCAGGGAUAGGUCAUGGCAACAGGGGGACUAUAACCCUUGUAGUGGGCCAGUGGCUUCUGUUAAGAAUUGACAAGCCACAGAGUAGCAUUUCACAACCUUGUUCCAUGGGGGUUCUCAACACAGGUGAUGGCCCAAGCACAGAGGAGGUCCAUAGUCCUAGGCCGACAAGAAGGAAAAGCACAGGAAAGGAUCAGCACCUUGGAGAAGGGUCAAGGUGUGGAUUUCAGGACCAUGGUCAGCGAUCAUGCAGCUGAGCCAGACUGUAUACAUUACUGAGUCAAUGCCCUGAAGCACCUAAUAAAUAGUUCUUCAUAGCCUGACUUAGCUAUUUAUUGACUAGCGGCUACACCAUAUGAAUGCUUCAUUUGGCCAGUGUGGCCAAAGUUUUUAUCCUGCAGCCAUUGGCUUCUUCUUCUAGGCCCUGGGCUUUCAUGCUGUGGGGAUCUCUUCACAGGGAUCUUCCAAUCCUCUGAAAUCUGUGGUCCAGCCUUUGGUGUCUGGUGGCAGAGGUGACUCCUCAGGGUUCAGGGGAGGAGAGGGUAGCGACUGUAGCUCCACAUGAGACUGUCAUCAUCUGAGGACUGUGUCUUUGAAGAUUCCUAAGUCUAGGGCUAUUUUGGACCACAACUCCCAUCACUUACCAGCUGACAUGGCCUGCUAUAGAGUUUAGAAUGAGCACUUGCCUUUUGCCAAGGCAAACCAUUGGUCCACCCAGCUCAGGGCCAGGGAGUCUGUGGUCCUCCAGAUAUUGUUGGGCACCCAGCAUUGCCAAUUAAUAGAGAUGGGAGAUGUAGCCCAACUACACCUGGAGGGUCACAGUUUACCUAGGAUUUCAGAUAAGCAUCAUUCCCAGCCUCACCUGGAGAUACUAGGGGUUGAAUUUGGCACUUUCUGCUUGAAAAGCAGGUGCUCUGCCCCUGAGCUAUCACUCUUCCCUCCAAGAGAGCUUCAGCAACGCUCUCUUCAAACACCCUGAAGAAGCACCGACUAGAAAGGAGCUGGGAAAGGUGGGAAUAUGCCUUCCCUGUUACACCCUUUCUCUGCCCCCCCCAUCAACACUUACAUUUCAGGGGCAAGGUCCUACCAUUAUUUUUUCUACACCCCAAAUCCAAAGUCCAGCAGUCUCAUGCCCCUCCCACUCCCAAAGUCAUAUUCAAAAUUUUCUUAUUAUUCCAAGACUCCCUGACAUUCUUUCCAUUCAUCUUGGUAAAAGCAGAACUGAAAAACUACAGGAUUGUUACUAUUAAUCACCUUCUAAACCAUCAUCUCAAGGCAACUUACAUAUAAAAUAAAAAAGUUUUUUUAAAAAAUCCAUAAAGGGCAAAUGCAUUUAAAACAAGACUAAACCCCUAACUUGCAGACUCAUUAAUCCAGCUAGCUGUUUACAUACUGGACGCUGGCUUGUACAAAUGUGAAGUUUCUCCGUGUCCAGCCUUUCUCCUCUGAUGCUUUGGUCUGAGAAUUGCUAAAGCACCCACUGUAUUUUUGGAAUAGAGGAGGACAGGGAAAAAAACCCAGAAUUGCCUCUGGCUUCACCUCCCAUUAGCUUCCCUGCCCACCAGCUCCAGCAGUAAGCAGCCAUCACUUCAGAAGGCAGGUGAGCUGGCGUUACUGCUAAGGCCCCGGGGGGGGGGGGGGCGACUCCCUGGCCAGCAUGGGAGAAGGAGAGGAAGCGGAGGAAUGGCAGCAAAGCAGGGAGCAAAGAGCUGCAUCCUGCCGCAUCCACCCUCCACUUCUGUCACGCUCCAACUCAAGCAUGACAGAAGUGCCAGAACACAAGCGAAGCACAAAACGGCCUUUAGAUUUACGACAAAAGCCCAGUUUUGUCCACUUCUGCCUCCUCCCUCAGACUAUUUUGCUGCCAUUGCAUUCCCCAGUGCAGGAGGAGGGGGAAGAAGAGGGAAGCGGGCAGGGAAACCUUAGGCCCACAUCCAUACUGGGGUCCGGGAGGAGGACCAGAGGAGGAGGAACAAAUGGUGCUGCCUGCCUGUGCAUAUUUAUUAAAACAUUAAUACAAUAAGUAGCAGCAAAUACAGGUAGUAAUAAAGCAGCGGGGCAUAGUAGAUAGCCAGCAUGAUGUAGAGGUUAGAGUGCUGGACCUGGGAGAUCAGGGUUCAAAUCCCCACUCAGCCACAAGGCUCACUGGGUGACCUUGGGCUGGUCGCUGCCUCUCAGCUUAACCUACCUCUCAGGGUUGUUGUGAGGAUAAAGUGGUGGGAGGAAGAACCAUGCAAGCCACCUUGAACUCCUUGGAAGCAAAGGUGGGGCAUAAAUGUAAUAAUGAAAUACAGGGCUGGUACAUCCCAUUUCAUAGGGAUGCGGGUGGUGCUGUGGGUUAAACCACAGAGCCUAGGACUUGCUGAUCAGAAUGUCGGUGGUUUGAAUCCCUGUGAUGGGGGGAGCUCCCGUUCCUCGGUCUCUGCUCCUGCCAACCUAGCAGUUCGAAAGCACGUCAAAGUGCAAGUAGAUAAAUAGGUACCGCUCCAGCGGGAAGAUAAACGGCAUUUCCGUGCGCUGCUCUGGUCCGCCAGAAGUGGCUUAGUCAUGCUGGUCACAUGACCCGGAAGCUGUACGCCGGCUCCCUCGGCCACUAAAGCGAGAUGAGGGCCGCAACCCCAGAGUCGGCCACGACUGGACCUAAUGGUCAGGAGUCCCUUUACCUUUACAUCCCAUUUCACUACUUGAGAUGAAAUGGGAAGCGCUGCUUUCCCCUGCCCCGCCACCUCCACCACCUACCUUCUGCUGCCCUCCACCCAGCUGCAUCUGAAGCAGCACUGCCACCGGCACUGAUUUUGGGCAAGGGCACACUGAUUUUGGGUGAGAUUUCACUCGAAAUCACAUGAGAUCUUGUGCGCUCCUCAAGCCCUCCCCCCCUCCCGAUUUCAGGCAAAAUCUUGCCCCAAAUGGACAUGAUCUUGCCCAAAAUUGGCACCGAUGGCAUUAGCGCUUCUCCAUCGCUGGUGGAGGCAGUGGGGCAGGUGGGGCACCCAUGGGUGUGUUACCUGUGGGGUUUCUGCCUCCUGAAGCAGUGGCUUUACCCCGCAUAAUGGCUGGGCCAGUUCUGAUAAAAUAUAUAAUAAAAUAGUAAAGGUAAAGGGACCCCUGACCAUUAGGUCUAGUCGUGACCAACUCUGGGGUUGCGACGCUCAUCUCGCUUUAUUGGCUGAGGGAGCCGGCGUACAGCUUCCGGGUCAUGUGGCCAGCAUGACUAAGCUGCUUCUGGCGAACCAGAGCAGCGCACGGAAACGCUGUUUACCUUCCCGCCAGAGUGGUACCUAUUUAUCUACUUGCACUUUGACAUGCUUUAGAACUGCUAGCUUGGCAGGAGCAGGGACUGAGCAACGGGAGCUCACCCCGUCGCGGGGAUUUGAACUCCCGACCUUCUGAUUGGCAAGUCCUAGGCUCUGUGGUUUAACCCACAGCGCCACCCGUGUCCCUCAAUAAAAUAGUACCCCCCCCAAAAAAAACAUUCCAAAGCCUUGCAGAGCCUAAUCAGUUCCACUUAGAGAAUAAGUGUGUUUAAUCUGUCAUUUGGAGGGGUGGAGGACAGAGGGGCUAUGGGGGCCAAGGCAAUGGGUCCAGGCAAGUGAGGCUGAACAAAAAUGUUAUAGUUGUAAUUGCAUGGCAAGGGAAGAACGGAUCAUGGAAGGCAAUUACGUCCAGGUUGGCCUUCUUCAGUUCAGAUGAUAUUAAGAGUUGGUGAAGAGCAAUGGCUGCAAGGCAACCCCAGAAGUAAAUUUGUGAGCAGCCGAAAAGGGCAGCACUGGGCCCUUAAUGGGAAACAGAAGAAGAGCGGCACAUAGGCCUGUCUGUGAUGCUGCAGCACAAGCACAGUAUGGCACCGUGCUGCACUACCGAGCCAGCUGCAUUUUAGCACUCUUUCUCUUUGCCACAUGCUACUAUGACCAAGAAAUGCAAUGCAGGGUGAAGCUAUGCAGCUGAAGGGGUGCAAUUAUGUAGAUAGGAGCAGGCUUGAUUUACAGUAGCUCUCGCUGCCUUCUAUAUGAUAUAAUUAAUAGACAGAAAUGUGGGCAUGCUGUUGACCACCACCACCCAACACAUAUAGUCUGAAAAGAACCCAUAAAGGGGUGGUGUGCAUUUGUGUGCACACACACGCACUGCGGCUGGUUGCAGUGGCAUCUCUGCUCUGAGCUAAAUGUGGAGAGUGAGGUAGGUUUGUCAUACAACAUAAGAACCGAGAGAGGUACCUUAUACUGAGUUUGAUCAUUGGUCCAUGUAGCUCAAUACUGUCUACACCAGGGGUCAGCAACCUUUUUCAGCCAUGAGCCCGUCCACAAUCCCUCAAACCAUGUGGUGGGCCGGACUAUAUUUUGGGCAAAAAAAUGAACCAAUUCCUAUGCCCCACAAAUAACCCAGAGGUGCAUUUUAAACAAAAGCGCACAUUCUACUCAUGUAAAAACACACUGAUUCCCGGACCAUCUGCAGGCCAGAUUGAGAAGUCGAUUGGGCCGCAUCCGGCCCCCGGCCCUUAGGUUGCCUACCCCUGGUCUACACUGACUGGCUGAAGCUCUCUCCCUGGGUCUCAAACUGAAAAUGCUUAGCCCUACCUAGAUAUGUCAGGGAUUAGAACUGGGACCUUCUGCACUUGUGAAGCAGGGGCUCUACUACUGGAGCUGUGGCUCCUCCCCACAAGUGAGGCCUUUAUGAACAGCUGGAAAUAACAGCCUCUUCCUUCCUUCCCACCCCUCUCCCUCUGUGCUCUUUCUGCAGGGCUCUCUCUGGUGGUGGGCUUGGUUCUGUACAUCUCCAGCAUCAAUGACGAAGUGAUGAACCGCCCCAGUGGCUCAGAGCAGUACUUCCAAUACCGCUACGGAUGGUCCUUUGCCUUUGCUGCUUCUUCCUUCUUGCUCAAAGAGGUACACUUCCCAGCAUUUAUUUAUCUAUUACAUUUUCAUCCAAGGAGCUCAAGGUGGUGGACAUGGUUCUCCCCACCCCCAUGAAUCCUCACAACAACCCUGUGGUGUAGGUUAGGCUGAGAAUUUGUGUGUGGCUGGACCAAGAUCAUCCAGUGAGAUUCAUGGCUAAGCAGGGAUUCAAACUCUGGUCUCCCAAGUCGAAGUCCGGCACUCUGUUACACAACACUACCUCCCACACUGCACUUGCACAUGUGCACGCACAAACACACACACACACACACACACACACAUUCUCCUGACUCCCAAUCUUGAAUCGCAGAUUUAAAUUUUGGCCAAGGGGUAAAGCAAGUUUUCCUUUGCUGGCCUUACAGGGCUUCUAAGGCCAGAAGGCAGAAAGGGUGUCCACUGUACUACUGCCAGUCCAUGUCCUCAUUAGGAGUCUAACAAGUGAGAUCACCACAUCUCUUUCCUUCUAAAGAGAUUGCUCCUGUUAAGGGUUCCUGCCUGUCAAACCACCUAAGCAGGACAGCCCAGACUUCCACUCCCUCAAGUUUAAAGUUAUUUUUAUACUGGAUCAGAUUGUUACUAUUAAUGUUUGCUGUUUUAUUAUUAUUAUUCUAUGUGUUGGAAGCCACCCAGAGUGGCUGGGGCAACCUAGCCAGAUGGGCAGGGUAUUAUUAUUAUUUUUAUUUUCUGUUUCUUCCACUACCCCUCAACUGCCACCAAUAUACUUUUAUUUUAUUUUAACUUCUGCAAACCCUGGAGUUUCCCCAAGCAUGAUGACUCUCCUCCCAUUUUGGCUGGAGGCUGGUUUCAGGGGACAAUUUCAGUUUUAACUUUUGCUGCAACUUGAUUAGGGAUUAUUAACAGGGAAUCAGAGUACUGCAUUACUCCUAUAAAAUAUUCCCUCACAGCUAGGGAUGGGCAAACGUAUCAGUUUCUCUUUCUCAAUUUCUUGAUGGUUUCAGUUUUCCAGAUCAAUAUGCAAUUACUUUUUAAAUUUUUAUUUUUAAAAGUCCUCACAAAAACUGUCAGCAUUUUAGCACACAUUUCUCAAAUAUACACACUUGAGCAAGUAGUUCUCCUUAAUAUAAUGCAUCUUUUUGUGUUUAUUUCAGAAUUAUAUGCACAUUUAUGCACACUUUCCCUCAAACGUACACAUUUUUGUAUAUAGCUGAAGUUUGCACCACAAAAUUCAGAGAGGUGUUAAUUUUUGAAGGUUACCUGUCCACAUGUUGUUUGGGGAAGUGCAGGUUAGGUAGGUUCCCAUCAAAAUAUGAACUGAUCCAAAAUUCUCCCCUCUAUUCAGCACAGUCUCUCAACCUGCAGUAAGGAUACAGCAGUGAGCUAUACUACAACAGCUACACUGUUGAUUACUAGUCUCUCAAGCCAACCUGAAACACGUGACUAAAAACUAAGGAUAACAUUGCAGCUGUGUUGCAAGCUUGGUCAAACCAUGUUUGGUCAAACCCCAGGCUACAGUAAGGUUCUACCUCUGGACAACAUCUCUCGACAGCACUGUAGGACUGUUGCAAACCACUUAGAGGUUAAAAUGUUCCCUGGCCUCCAGCUUUCUGUGUGAAUGUUACUUCAGGGCUGCAAUAUAGCCAAAGCCUUUCCUAAACAGAUAUUAUAUUAGGUCCCAAAACAUGGAAGGGUUUUAGAGGGUAAAAAAAUCCCCGAAUCUGAGAUUGGCACAUCUCCCUGACAGGACAGACUCUCUUUUAACAGGAUAGACUCGCUUUUAGUCAUACCCAGAGGAGGCCCACUGGCAUGGCUAACUUCAGUUCUGCUUAAAAUUAAUGGACCUAUCUGGAUACAACCCAAGUCUCCUUGUCUAUGACAAAAAUUAAAGAAGGGGCUCUGCAAGAUAUUUUUUAAAAACCUCAAGUCUACCUUUUCCAGCUGGCAAUGUGAACCACAUUUGCUUUGGAAUUUAUAUUAGCAAAAAAAAUCUUUAAAUGUUUCACACUGAAUAAAAAUCGCAUUAAAAAGAACAGGAGCUCUUUCGUCUCUUUGCUGCUACCUUUUGGAGUUUUGCUGUGUGUGUGGGUGGAUACAAUGGUGCCCAAUUCCAGUUGCAUUAACAUUUUGGAUGUUAUCCACUUAUACCUAUGGGCAGCUCUUACUUUCACUUUUCUCUGAGGACAUUUAAAAAUAAACUCAGUAUGAACCAGGAAAUUACCUGUCCAGACAAAAAUGAUGUCCUUUUUAUCUCCUUGUGCCUCUUUCUCCAUCAUCUUUUGGCGCGUUUCUCUCCAGCAAGGAGGGAAACAGAGCAGAGGGUGGUUCUUGCCUUCUUUCACACCUGCCCGAGCAGCAGAGUUUUGAAGCUUCCCUAGUUGUUUCAGCCACAUUACCCUCUUCCCUUGCUCCUUUCAGCCAGCCAGAACAUUCCACAUGCACACACCCAAAACACACACACACAUUCAGUUUUUCCUGCCAACUGAUUCAGUAGUCUGAAAUAAAUAAAAUAAAAUUUUUAUUUAUUAUUAUGCCAUCAAUUUGAUUUGAAUUAAUUUUAUAAUGAAAUGAUUUUAGAAUGUUGUAUUAUUUUAUUGUUGUUAGCCGCCCUGAGCCCAGCUUCGGCUGGGGAGGGCGGGAUAUAAAUAAAAAUUUAUUAUUAAUUUAUUAUUAUUCUGAAGCCACUGGGGGGGGAAGGGAUUCCCCUUAAGUUCUGUUUGUUUGUUUGUUUGUUUGUUUGUUUUCUGUACUUCUACAAAUACUGGGCUUUCAAGCAUGCCAAUACUUCCUAUUGUGCAUGGAUGAUUCUGUUUUGUCCUCAUAAAGACUGGCACUCACACACAGCCCCCCCAAAAAAACAUUGCUAAGAGAAAUGUUGGUGCAUAAGCUAGCCCUGACUCUCACAGUAAUUCAACAGCAGCAUAAGACAUUGGGCCAAACAGGACAUGACUAUGGCUGAGGGAGAUAUUUGAUUCAGUUUGCAUUUAAAUGUGACUCCACCUAAAUUGCGCUUUCAGAAACAGCAACUGCACCGAAACACAGCCAUCCAAAAUUCACGCGAUUCGGAAUUUUGCGGCGCACUUCUCCAGCCAAAUAAUUUGUACAGGAAUGCAUUUACUAGGGUAAAGUGUGCAUAAAAAUGCAUAUUUUAGCGCAAAUAACAUACAAAAAGCAUUAUAUUAGAAAAAUUGCUUUGCCAAAACAUGUAAAUUAGGAGAAAGCCACACUAAAAUGUGGAUCAGUUUUCAUGAGGACUCUUUCUUUCUUUCUUUCUUUCUUAAAUACAAAUUGAUGAGGAAAAGUGAUGAGAAAGUAGAAUAAAAGAGAAGAUAAAACAGUGAAUAAAACCAACCAGAAUAGAUAAAUGAAAGCCUCUUAUAUGAAGGCAGAAUAUUUCUAUGUUCCAGUUGCUGAGGAGUAGCAACAGGGGAUAGAUAUCACCCUCCUCACCUGCUUGUGAGUUUCCUAGUGGCAUCUCCUUGGCAGCUGUUGAAAACUUGAUCUGAUAAUAUAAGGCAGUUCUUACAGUUUAAUUGGUGGGGUGGGGGACAGGAUAUUUCAGUGCUGAUUUCACAAGCACACAUCCUCCAGGCUUGAAGGAGGCUUUGGCAUAGUGCCUCUAGUGGGCCCCCUUCUAGGCUAGUGGGGCCCCCAACUGGUGCCUGAUAAUUGCCACUUUAAUUUCCCAUAUUGCUCCCUAUCUCUGAGGCACUGUGGAAAAUUAAAAUGGUGGCCAUUUGAUGCCCAACACAGGGGUUGGGAGUUGAAGGAUCUUCAAUACACGUUGAACAGAAAUCAUGAGGGAAGUUCUUGGGAUGUUUGGCAUGAGUCAAACAUCUAUGGACUAGGAUGAUAAUGCCCACUUGCAAAAAGCUGAGUAUCAUCACAGUGACCAACAGAAUGCUUUACAGCCUUAAGUCUACAUAAGCUUCAGUGUUACUUGUGCAUGUGCGCAUUCCAGAGCAUGACUCCUCAUGCCCUGAAGGCAUCCUUGUGUGGGAUGAAACUGGAUGCAGUGAGCCACAGGUGAGCUACAACGAGCGACAUGAGUUACAGACAUAACACAUCCACACACAUUUAUUUGUUUAUUACACUGUGCCCCACUUUUCAUCCAAGGAAGUCAAGGUGGCCUGCAUGGUUCUCCCUCUUCCCAUAUUAUCUUCACAGCCUUGUGGUGGUAGGUUAGGCUGAGAGUCUGUGGUUGCCCCAAGGCCACCCAAUAAGCUUCAGGGCCCUGCGAGGAUUUGCACCCUGGCCCCCCAAUACCUAGCCAAGCACUGUAAUUGCUACACCACAACAUACUGGCACCAUAACUUGUGAGACCAUAUGGUAUGUCUUGUUCUUGAUAUUUCCCUCUGUAACGGCUCUUUGCAGGGCGCAGGGGUGAUGUCUGUCUACCUCUUCACGAAGCGCUACGCUGAGGAGGAAAUGUACCGCCCUCACCCAGCCUUCUACCGGCCACGCCUGAGCGACUGCUCCGACUACUCCGGCCAGUUCUUGCACCCCGAAGUGUGGCACCGUGGACGUAGCCCCUCUGACAUCUCCAGCGACGUUUCCAUCCAGAUGACUCAGAACUACCCACCAGCCAUCAAGUACCCUGAACAUAUGCACAUAUCCACCUCACCUUGCUAGACGCACCAGAGAACGAGCUGGACAAGGAAGCCAGCUUUCGCUUGCAGACUAUAUCGUUCUACCCCAACCUGCCUAGGAGACUCCCCUACCAGUGUGGGUUGUCUUCCCCUCUCUAAAGACUCUUUACCACCUACUCUGCUAGAAAUGUCCUCUCUCUCUCUCUCUCUCUCUCUCUCUCUCUCUCUCUGGUGGGAACUAUUCAACCAACUUUUGAGAUUGCCAGUGCCCCUCUCACCACCCCUUCCGCCCUCUUGGAAACUGUCCUUAUUUCCUUGCUUCCCUGGGAAACUACCAAUUUGAAAAGCCCACCCCUCAAAACUCAAGUCACGCACACACCCUGUUCAUUCUCCACAGAGCAGCGGAAAGAAGGGAUAUAUCUCCCAGUUCAGUUCUGCUGCCUCAGAAUACUUCUCCUUUCACUCAGGUGGUUGGAAACCUUAGUGGGAAAUGACUCAUGAAGCAUGUUCCCCUCAACCUUCUCCCUGAAGAGGUUUCGACGGCAAGCAGGUUCAAAACCAUCUGCAUUUUUCAGAUCUUGUGAGAGGAAGAUGCCCAGAAGCCAUUUUCUCCCAUCAAUCCAAUUCCUGAAAGGAGAGGGCUCAUUGCCAACAUCUCCCUCUGUCAAAACAACAACGAAGAAACAAAACUAGCUUGACAAGAAGUAAUUGCUUUACCAUUGUCAUCAUUCUCUAGUUUCCUGACUAUAAACGACAUCUCCUUGACAUUUUUACCUCCAUCCUUCAAAGGCCCUAAUUAUUCAGGCUUAUCCACCUGACAACAGCCAUCCUUCCAUCCCAGCUUCUUAGGUGAUGACAGGAAAUACAUUAGACUGCCAUCUUGGUUCAACCAAAAAUGACCAGGUAAAAUGUAGUGCUAUAUUUUCCAUUCCCCUUUUCAUCGUGCCAGUUUGUGACAUAGCUCUACAAAUACUGCUAUGUUUAUUUGUCUCAAAACAACUAGCCCUGAGAGAAAUACUCUAUUCAGUUUAUUUCUACCAAUAUCUCAAUCUCAGUCAACCAAAUUAUAGCAUGAAACUGUUCCCUUGCCGUUCUUCUGUGCCCUAAAUGUCCUCCUCCCUCCCCAACACGCACACACAAACCUGCUCCCUCUGUGCCUCAUUCUUGCCUUCUAGGUUCUUACAGGAAAUGACUAAUCAUCAUUUUUGUAUGCCCACAAAUGACCAGCUUGGGCACCAAUCCUGUAGGUUUCAUUAUUCUCUCAGGCACUUCCCCCUGGAACCCAACAGCAAAGUGCUGCACCACCAUUUGGGGUUGGCUAAAAUAAGGCCUUUUCCUGUCAGGAAAUGUGCACGCCCCCACUCCCGUUUCUGUUCCUAUUGUUGAAGAAAAUAGUCUGACAUCUAAAUUUUCUUCCAAGAUCUCGUACCAUUUGCUUUCUUCCUGGCUCCACCUCCUGGCUCUUCUACCACCUUUAUUUCUGUCAGCGUUUUAGAGAAGAACCCAAUGUAUUAUCUGAAAAGACCUUUUUUUAAAAAAAUGGUGCCCCUACAAAUGAGACAACCAAAACACAAUUAUGGAGGGGUGAGGAAAUAACUGUGUCUUCCAGCCAACAAUGCCUCAAAUAUUCCCACCCCAUCAUUCAGUUGUCCAUCAGCAAGGGGCCACGGCCAUGUCAUCGUGGUGCAAAUGGAAACUCUUAAGAACUCCAGAAGACUCUUUUUCAAGCAUGUUCCCUUCAGUCAUGAUGAUGCCACCUGUGGUUUAUGAGGCUAAAGACUCAAGGGGAAAGGAAGAGAGAAAGAGAGAGAGGGAGGGAGGGGGAGAGAGAGAGAGAAUUUAUUAUCCAGCUGUCAAUCAUCUACCACACUAGGGAGUAAAGUUUGAACCCCUGUUUCCUUUCCUUUCCUAUAUUUCUCACUCUUGGUUUUCCUUUGUUUUGCCUUAACCGCUUAUAUUUUCUGCAUCAGUUUCUUCUCGUCUUACUUUUAUUUUUGUUUCGUUUGCGUAACAGUUUUUCCCCAUUUCCUCACUCACUCGUGUGUGAGUUUUUCCCCUUUUCUAUACCCUUCAUAAUUUUUUUCCUUUCACAACAUUUCACCUUCUUGGGCUUUCUGAAUUAUUAUUUUUGGAUUGCUAAACACACACACUCAUUUCCUAAGGACUCCGUGUGCAUAAUUCUCUGGUUUUCCUUCCUUGCUCUGCUUCUUCCUUUCCCCCGCCCAUCUCAUUUAAUUCCUCUUAACAUUUUGUGCUUUCCCCACCCCCCCUUUCAUUUUGAAACUGUCUCUUUCCUUUCCAGUUCCUCUCUCUAUAAUACUCCGCUGCGCCUUUGCAACUCCAGCUCCUGCAUAUGGAUACUCUGUGGUUCAACCAAAGAGGGAACAUGGUGCAGGAAAAAGGACGGCUGACAUGAAUUUUGAGUAGAAGAGGGAUGCUGACAGGACACACACAAAAAUGGUGGGAGUGGGGGAGGGGAGGGAGCUGCUGAAGAGGGAAACCUGAACAGAAGGAGUAUGGGAAUGGGGAGGGAAAUAAAAAGGGGGGAUGCAUGUGGUGGAAAAAUUGUAAGAGGAAAAUAGCAAAGAAAAGGGAUAUUACUGGAUGUAAGAUUGAAUAGAAAGAGAAGGC